AUGGAGGAGAAAUCACCCAAAAUCCCAGCCUCGGUACCCCAAUUUACCAACUGCCCCACCAUGGUGGUCCUGGUGGGGUUGCCAGCCCGCGGCAAGACUUAUAUCUCCCAUAAGCUCACUCGUUAUCUCAAUUGGAUCGGCACCCCGACACGGGUGUUUAACGUGGGGCAGUACCGGCGCAAAGCUGUGCAGAGCUACAAGAACUACGAGUUUUUCCGUCAAGAUAACGAGGAGGCUAUGCAAAUCCGCAGGCAAUGUGCAUUGGCUGCCCUUAAGGACGUCCGCAACUAUCUGAGCUCCGAGGAGGGGCAAGUGGCGGUGUUCGAUGCCACCAACACGACACGGGAACGCCGGGCCCUGAUCCUGCAAUUUGCCAAGGAAAAUCACUACAAGGUUCUGUUCAUUGAAUCCAUUUGCGACGACCCCGCCAUCAUCGAGGAGAACAUCAAGCAAGUGAAGCUGAGUAGCCCCGACUACAAGGGCUGUGCCCAGGAAGAAGCGGUGGCCGACUUCCUCAAGCGCAUCGAAUGCUACAAAGCCACCUACGAGCCCCUGGAUGAGCAGCUGGACAGCGGGCUGUCCUACAUCAAGAUUUUCGAUGUGGGGUUGCGCUACCUGGCGAACCGGGUGCAGGGUCACGUCCAGAGCCGCAUCGUUUAUUACUUGAUGAACAUCCACGUCACCCCCCGCGCCAUCUACCUCAGCCGUCACGGCGAGAGCCAGCUCAACCUGCGGGGACGCAUCGGGGGGGACUCAGGGCUCUCCCCUCGGGGGCAGCAGUACGCCCAGGCCCUGGCCGAAUUCAUCCGCAGCCAACGGAUCCGGGAGCUGAAAGUUUGGACCAGCCACAUGAAGCGCACCAUCGAGACAGCCGAGGCCCUGGGGGUCCCCUACGAGCAGUGGAAAGCCCUCAACGAGAUCGACGCUGGCGUCUGCGAGGAGAUGACCUACGAGGAAAUCCAGGAGCGCUACCCCUACGAAUUCGCCCUACGGGACCAGGACAAGUAUCGUUACCGUUAUCCCAAAGGCGAGGUAAACCCCCUCCCCCCAAAUUAA